AUGGAGGAUUCUGUAAUAAAGUUAAAUACAAAAGAGGUUAAGAUGGACCUCCUACGAGCUAUAAGUGAAUGUUCUCAACGGGGAUUAUUACAUACUACUAAAUGGCUAGCAGAACUGAAUUUCUCUUUGAAAGAUGUGAAGCUAGAUAUCCAUGAUAUGACAAAUGAUGCUGAUCUUAUGGAAAGUAACGAGGAGGAGGAUAUGUACAUUUUGGCUAAAAGUUACUUUGACCUCAAAGAAUAUGAUCGUGCUGCAUAUUUUACUAAAGAGUGUAAAACUCCUAAGGCUAGGUUUCUCUACUUGUACUCUCGGUAUUUAUCCGGGGAGAAGAAAAAGAUUGAUGAUAUGACAGAUAUCCCACCAGAUCCUUCAAAGAAUGAUAAUCUGAAGCUAUUGUGUACAGAAUUAAGAAAAGAUCAUCUAGCAGGAACUUUAGAUGGUUUUGGUCUCUACCUCUUUGGAGUGGUAUUAAAAAAGUUACAAUUAGUCAGAGAAGCCACUGAUGUCCUAGUAGAAUCUACACAUAAAAAACCAAUGCAUUGGGGUACUUGGUUAGAAUUAGCUGCUUUAAUCACAGACAGGGAAAAAUUGGAGAGUCUUACGUUGCCUAAUCAUUGGAUGAGACAGUUCUUUGUAGCUCAUAUGUAUUUAGAAUUGCAACUCAUCGAUGAAGGUUUAGGAUUAUACUACGAAUUGCAAUCUAUGGGAUUUGAAAAAAAUGGCUAUGUUCUCGCUCAAACGGCAAUUGCAGUACAUUACAGAAGAGAUGUGGAUAAUGCCAUAGAAACUUUCAAACGAAUCAUUGAAGAUGAUCCUUAUUGUUUGGAUAACAUGGAUACGUAUUCGAAUCUGUUGUACGUAAAAGCACUCAAAGUAGAACUGGCAUACUUAGCACACAGAGCAACAGAGAUCGACAAGUACAGAUUAGAAACUUGCUGCAUAGUAGGUAAUUACUAUAGUUUAAGAACGGAUCAUCAAAAGGCGGUAUUAUAUUUCCAAAGGGCACUAAAACUAAAUCCACAAUACUUAUCUGCUUGGACGUUACUUGGUCAUGAAUUUAUGGAAAUGAAAAACACAAAUGCCGCCAUACAUAGUUACAGACAGGCUAUCGAGGUCAAUCGGCGGGAUUACAGAGCAUGGUACGGAUUGGGACAAACAUAUGAGAUCUUAAAAAUGCCCUUUUAUGGUCUUUACUAUUAUAAACAGGCUCAACUCUUAAGACCACAUGACAGCAGAAUGGUACUUGCGUUAGGUGAAGCUUAUGAAAAGCAGGACAAAACGCAGGAUGCUCUGAAAUGUUAUUAUAAAGCCUGUAAUGUAGGAGACAUAGAAGGAAUGGCAUUGAUUAGACUGGCCAAUCUUUAUGAAAAAAUAGGAGAACAUGAUUACGCCGCUGCGGCUUACACUGACUUUGUAAUGGACGAAUUCCGAAAUGCAGACAGAACUGAAUUGAGUCAUGCAUAUAAAUAUUUAACGCAGUAUCAUUUGAAACGAGAUCAAUUGGACCAGGCGAAUCAUUAUGCUCAAAAGUGUCUACAGUUCGAUGAGACGAAGGAAGAAGCCAAAGCCUUCCUGAGGACAAUAGCCCAGAAGAGGGUCAAAGUGGAAGAGAACCCUAUGGUGGUUGAAGACAUGAAUGAGACAGAUCCAAUAAUGGAAAGAAGUACUCGCAAUGAGACAACGCCUAGCAGUCAGCUCUCCCCAAUGAAUCUGUCAUUUACUCCAACUCAAUAGACUUAUUUUAUAUAACGGGAUUUCGUGUAAAUAAGGAAGCAUUCAUAUUUGUUUUUAAAUAAACGUAUCUUUAAGUUA